CCGGCCCCUCCCGUGGUCGCCCCCAGCCCGGGGGGUUCCCCCGCGAUGCCCCCCGGCCGCUGACCCGGGCUGGGGGGGUGGCCCCGAUCCCGGGGGGGUGCCGGUGCUCGGCGGGGGGGGCGGCGGCGGUUCCAACCCCUCCGGGGGCGGGCGAGCGGCGAAGGCUUCGGGGAGGCAGGGCCGGGGGUGGGACCGGAGCAUCGGCGGCACCGGCGGCCGCGGCGCCGCGCGGGGAUCCAGGGGGGCCGGGGGGGCGGCCCGGGGGGGCCCUGCCCGCACCCAUGAGCAGGAGCACCGGCCUCCAGCGCAGGACCACCUACCUCAUCUCGCUCACGCUGGUCAAGCUCGAGUCGGUGGGCGCCGCGGGGGAGGCGGAGGAGGCGGGGGGCGGCGGCGGCGAUGGAGCCCCUGGCCCCGGGGGGGCCGCGGCCGCCCCCCGCACCCCCGAGCCCGGCCGAGCCCGGCGGCCCGAGCGGCUCUUCCAGCGGCAGGACGCGCUCCGGAUAAGUACGGCCGGUCCCGGCCCCCCCGGCCCCGACGCCCCCCGCCCCCGCUCGCCCGCCUCGCCCCCGGCCGUGCCCCCCAAACCCGACCCGGCCAUGCUGCCCCCCCCGCCCCCGGCCGUGCCCCCCAAACCCGACCCGGCGCUGUUGCCGCCCCCGGCGGUGCCCCCCAAACCCCCCCCGCCCCCCGCCGUGCCCCCCAAACCCGACCCUUCCUUGCUGCCCCCCCCUCUGCAGGCCGUGCCCCCCAAACCCGACCCCCGUGGGGCCAAGGGCACCUUGGAGGGGCCGGGACAGCGCUCUCUGGCCGCCCUGGACAUCCCGCAGCCCGCCGGGACCCCCCGGCGCCCCCUCCUCAGCCAGGCCACCUGGGGGGGCCCCGAGGGUCCCCUGGAGGCCGCCAGGGUCCCCCCGCCGCCCCCGGACCCCCCCACGGGCUCCCCGCACCCCUCGGCCGGCGCCCGCCGCCUCCGCCUGGCCGGCCCCAAGCCCCCCAAAGCGGGGGGCGGCGGGGGGAGCCGCGGGACCCCCGAGCCCCGAGCGGGCAAAGCCCCCGGCAAAGGCGCCGGCAGCCGCCUGUCGUGGCCCGAGGGAGAGGGGAAGGGGCGCCCCAAGGCGGGGGGCAAGAGCGAGGGGCCCCCCCGGGCCCGGCUGUCCCCCAGCAAGGGCAAGAGCAAGACCCUGGACUACAGCGACCUCCAGCCGGGGGUCCUGGUGGCCGCCCCCGCCCCCGAGACCGGGCUCAAGCGGGGACGCGAGGGGGGUCGCGCCUCCACCCGCGACCGAAAGAUGCUCAAGUUCAUCAGCGGCAUCUUCACCAAGAGCCCUGCGGCGACCCCCACCCACCCCGCGCCCCCCUGGGCUCCCCCCGGUGCAGAGCCGGCCGGGGGCACCCCGCACAAGGCCUUGGUGAACAGCCAGGAAUGGACCCUGGGCCGCUCUAUCCCCGAGAUCCGCCUGGGUGUCCUGGGCAGCAGCAAGAGUGGGAAGUCGGCGCUCGUCCAUCGGUUCCUCACCGGCUCCUACGUGGGCUUGGAGCCCACUGAGAGUGGCCAGUUUAAGCGUGAGGUGACAGUUGAUGGCCAAAGCCACCUCCUGCUCAUCCGGGAGGAGGCCGGUGCCCCGGACGCACAGUUUGCCAGCUGGGCGGACGCCGUCAUCUUCGUCUUCAGCCUGGAGAGCGAGAGCAGCUUCGAGGAGGUGACGCAGCUGCACGCGCUGCUCAGCGACCUGCGCGGCACCAGCGACGUGGCCCUGGCGCUGGUGGGCACCCAGGACAAGAUCAGCUCGUCCAGCCCGCGGGCCGUGGAGGACGCGCGCGCCCGGGCGCUCUGCGGGGACGCGCGGCGCUGCCUCUACUACGAGACCUGCGCCACCUAUGGCCUCAACGUGGACAGGGUCUUCACUGAGGUGGCCCAGAGGGCCGUGGCGCUCAAGAAGCAGCAGCAGCUGAUGGCAUCCUGCAAGUCCCUGCCCAGCUCCCCGAGCCACUCGGCCGCCUCCACCCCCGUGGGGGGGGUCCACCCCAGCCAGACCAGCAAUGGUGGCCACACCAGCGACUACUCGUCCUCGCUGCCCUCCACGCCCAACGUGAGCCACCGGGAGCUGCGCAGCGAGACCCCGGCCCCGCUGGGCACCCCCAGCUCGCUGCACCGCGGGGCCAAGCGCCGCACCAGCCUCUUCGCUACGCGCCGUGGCAGCGACUCCGAGAAGCGCAGCCUGGACAGCCGAGGCGAGGGCGCCGGCAGCGGCCGCGCCAUCCCCAUCAAGCAGAGCUUCCUGCUGAAGCGCAGCGGCAACUCCCUGAACAAGGAGUGGAAGAAGAAAUACGUGACCCUGUCCAGCAACGGCCUCCUCUUCUACCACCCCAGCAUCAACGACUACAUCCACAGCACGCACGGCAAGGAGAUGGACCUGCUGCGCACCACGGUCAAGGUGCCGGGCAAGCGCCCGCCCCGCGCCAUCUCCGCCUGCGGGCCCUCAGCCAGCAUCAACGGGCUGCUGCGGGACCCCGAGCCCGCCGCCGCCGUCCCCUCGGUGGGGCUGAGCCUGCCCCCAGAGCCGGGGCUGAAGGUGGUGGGCAAGGGGUCCCUGCAGCGCUGCGCCUCCGCCUCCAGCGCCAAGCUGGCCUCAGAGUCCCCGCUGUCCUUCGAGGCCGUGUCGAGCCCCGGCAGCGCUGGCAGGGACCCCCCGCCCUCGCCCCUGGUGGACAGGAAGAAGCACCGCAGGAAGAAGCUGAUGACGCCGUCCAAGACCGAGGGCUCGGGUGGGCAGGCAGAAGCCAAGCGCAAAAUGUGGAAAUUAAAAAGUUUUGGUAGUUUAAGAAAUAUUUAUAAAACAGAGGAGGAGAACUUUGAGUUCCUGAUCGUGUCGAGCACGGGGCAGACGUGGCACUUCGAGGCCGGCAGCUUCGAGGAGCGCGACGCGUGGGUGCAGGCCAUCGAGAGCCAGAUCCUGGCCAGCCUGCAGUGCUGCGAGAGCAGCAAGAACAAGGCACGCAUGGACAGCCAGAGCGAGGCCGUGGCCAUCCAGGCCAUCCGCAACGCCCGAGGGAACUCGCUCUGCGUGGACUGCGGGGCACCCAACCCCACGUGGGCCAGCCUGAACCUGGGCGCCCUGAUCUGCAUCGAGUGCUCGGGCAUCCACCGCAACCUGGGCACGCACGUGUCGCGCGUGCGCUCGCUGGACCUGGACGAUUGGCCCCGCGAGCUGACCCUGGUGCUCUCGGCCAUCGGCAACGCCACCGCCAACAGCAUCUGGGAGCAGAACCCGCGCGGGCGCUGCAAACCCACGCACGAGUCCUCCCGGGAGGAGCGGGAGUCGUGGAUCCGUGCCAAGUACGAGCAGCGCCUGUUCCUGGCGCCGCUGCCCGCGGCCGAGGCGCCCUUGGCCGAGCGGCUGCUGGUGGCCGUGGGCCAGCAGGACCUGCCCGCGGUGCUGCUGCUGCUGGCCCACAGCCACAAGGAGCAGCUCAACGUGCCCACGGCCGACGCCGAGCGGCGCACGGCGCUGCACCUGGCCUGCGACAGCGCCCAGGUGGUGAUCACCCAGCUGCUGGUGUGGUACGGGGCCGACGUGCGGGCCCGGGACGCUCACGGCCGCACCGCGCUGUUCUACGCCCGCCGCGCCGGCAGCCGCGAGUGCUCGGACAUCCUGCUGCAGCACGGCUGUCCCGGCGAGGGGCCCGGCAGCCCCCCGACCCCCGGCAGCCCCCCGACCCCCGGCCCCCCGACCCCCGGCGGGCCCCCGACCCCCGGGCCCCGCCGCCGCAGCAGCUGCGCCAGCGUGGGGCCGUGCGAGCCCCGCUCUGCCCUGGUAUAGCCCCGAGGGGCCCGGAGCCCCCGGUGCCAUCCCCGGUGCCACCCCCGGCUGGGCGUGCCCGCGGCCCGGGGCCAUCCCGGUGCCACCGCCGGGCUCGCCCCGUGCCCACGGUUUGUACUUUUGAUGCUCUAUUUAUUAUCCUUUAUUAUCCUUUCCAUGUCGGGGUCUCCGCUGGUCCUGCCCCCCCCUCUCCGUGCCAGGGACCCCCACGCCAGGGUCACAGUGAUGCCACUGCCACCUUCCUGUCCCCUGCCCGGGGUAUUGUGCCCCAGCGUGGGGUGGGGGCACUGAGGGCGGGGUAACCCCUGUCCCUGUCCCUCCUUGCCGGUGCCACCCCCUGUCCCUGUCACCCUCAGCCCUCAUUGUCCCCUGCUCACAUCACUCUGUCCCCGUUCCCGCGUGCUGUGUCCCCCUCCCCUUGUCGCCUGCCCAGGUCACCCUCGCCACCCCCUCUGUCCCCCUGUCCCCGUGUCCCCCCCGGCCGUGCCCCCCGCCCUGGCACAGCCCCGCUCUGUGGCAGGAGCAGAGCAGACCCCGACCCCCCCCCUCCUUUUCUACAACAACCUUUUGUACGCCCCCUCCCCAUUCCGUGCCCUGCCGCCCCCCCUUCGUAGCCCGACCCCCCGCCCGCCCCCGUUUCUCGGUCUCCCCUCGGGAUCCCCGUUAAUUUGUUAAUUUAUUGCUUUGUUCAGCGAUAGGAUAGAGCCAGCCCCUCCUCCCGCGGGGGGGCACGGCCGGCGGGACCCCCGAGCCCCUCCCGCCGGCCUGGGGGGGCCCCGCGCCCCCCUCCCGGGACCCUCCCAUGAAUGUAGGGGCGCCCCGGCUGUGACGCCCCCGAGACGCCCCCGCGGGGCCGAGCCGGGGAGCCCGGGGGGGGGCCGGGGGGCGGGAGGGGUCGGUGGGGGGGGCCCAGGCCCGGGGGGGGCCCGGGGGGUCCGGGGGGGCCCGGGGGGCCGGGCCGUGUACAGCGAUUUCAUCUCUCGGGUGUGACUGUAAGUACGUGACAAUGUCGGACA